GUACUAACCUUCAAACUUUACCAUCACACAGAAACAAAACACAUUCUCAUUAUACAAAUCCUAAGUUCCUAACAUUACAUAACAAUGGCCAGGAUUUCUUCAUUUCUUGCACUCUUUUUCCUUCUCUUUGCAUUUACCAUAAAAUUUAAGUGUGUCAUUGCAGGUACUGUGUUUGAUACAGAUAAUAGCCCUGUAAAAAAUGGCGGCAACUACUAUGUUCUUCCAGUUUCUGAGGGUGAGGGUGGUGGAGUUACCAUUGCUAGCAUUGGUUUGAAACUCCCUCUUGCUGUUGUCCAAAAUCCCUCACAGAAUAUCCUUGGAUUGCCGGUUACUAUAUCGAAUUCGGACGGAACAAUGGUCAUCCAAACAGACGGAUUUGUUUCUAUCAAGUUCACCAAUUUAGGUGACUCAUCCACUUGGAUUGUUGUCUUGGAUGACUCUGCCAAUAUGUGGUAUGUAGCCAUUGGCAAUGCUCAGGACUACUUGAGUGAUCGAAUUCGAACCGGGAGUUUCAAGAUUAAUUACUAUAAUGAUGGUUACAAGUUUGUUUUCUGUAGUGAUAGCAAUACCUCAGAUUGUGAAGAUGUUGGGAUAUACACUGAUGGUUAUGGAAAUAAUCGUUUAGCUCUCAAUGGAGCAGCAUUUGCAAUUCAGUUCCAGAGUGUGGAGAAAGGUCUUGCAGCCUAUUAAUUAGUAUUUUCUUCUGUUAUUAUAGAUUAUGAUCAUGAAUAAAGAUUAAAAAAACCUUGUAUUUGAUGUAAUGUUUAUAAAUCUUAGGUGCUCUGAGCUAUAAUCAAAGCCACUUCAGUUUGUUAUCCCAAGUUUAAGAAUUGUUAUGUUUCACUUUUUAUUCAAUGUUAAAUUAUGUAGUGAAUGUAAAAUGUGUUGAGAAGAAGGGAAGCAUAUAAAGGUGUUG